AUGUCCAACGAACGCCUCACGUUCCCAACCUAUCUUCUCCCUUCCUUCUCCUUCCCCUUUCGUCGUCGCACAUCCUCUCCUAGCACAAAAACCGCAUCGCUCAACACAAGUACAAGCGCAAAUCCUUUGGUUCCAGGAUUAAGCUAUUCGCCUACCAGUAGCUGUAAUGAAACUCCACUCGCAUCACCUACAUCUGGGAGUUUUCUCUCGCGCAUUCCAACUACUUCCACCCACAAGAGUGGGAGUUGGAGCGAGAAUGAGAAUGAAAACGAGAGUCAUGAUUUAACUUCCACUCCCACCUCUCCUCCUCGCACCAAACCUCUCCCUCAACCUCAUCUCUCCCGUCCCUUUCCCUCUACAAUCCGCUGUCUCACCUGCUCCACCCACAUCUCGUACUCCUCGCAAAUAAUCUCCAAAGGCUUUACCGGUCGCCACGGCCGUGCCUAUCUCGUCGCUCCGCCUCCUUCUUCCCCCGUUCCUCAAAUCCCUCCCUUUCCACCCACCGCUCACGAUCGCUCUAAAAAUAUCUCCAACGUCCGCAUCGGGCGUCCUGCGAAUCGAGAAUUGUUAACAGGUCAUCAUGUCGUCGCAGAUGUAAACUGCGCGGUUUGUAAUACGUUGUUAGGGUGGAAAUAUGUGGAUGCGCGGGAGGCGGGCCAGAGAUACAAAAUUGGAAAAUUUAUUUUGGAAACGAAGAGGGUGGGGGUUGUAGAGACGUUUGAGGAUGAGGAUGUGCGGACGCAUUCGCUUGAUUUUCGCGGCGAGGAGGAUGAUAAUUUGGGAUUUGGGGGGGUGGGAAUGGGGAAUUUUGGAGGUGCGAGGAGAGAUGGAGAAUUACAUAUUUUGAAUGUGGAAACGAAAGAAGAGGAAGAAGCGAAGGGGUGGGUGAAUUUUGAUUCGGAAGAUGAAGAUGAGUGUGAGGAACUUUUUGCGGGGAUUUGGGAUGCUGAGGUGGCGCAGAAAAGAAGGAUUAGGAGGAUUGAUCGGAGGAGGAAGGAGGUGGAGAGGGAGAGGUUGGCGAGUAAGGAUAGUGGAGUCGGGGGGUUGUAG